GGGCGGGCGGGGGGGGACAUGAUCGACAUCCAGCGGGGCCGGGAGAUGUCGACGGCAGCCGCGUACUCGUAGCCCGUGAGGCGAAGAGAAGCCGGGGCACGGAGAGAUUUUUCACCCGGGGCUCGGACGGGGAGCGAUGAGAGCGCUUAACGGUCAUUGAAGCGACUCGGACGGCUGUUUUCUUUCUGUUUAGAAAAAACAAAAACAAAAAAACAAAAACGAGCUGUUGACAAGGGAGGGAUAAGCAGAGAACAACCACUAAUCCCCCUCCUCCUCCUUCUCCUCCUCCUCCUCCUCCUCCCCCUGCUGCUGCCGCUGCUGCUGCUCCACGGACGGUCACAUUCACGGCGGGGCUCGGAGCCGACAGAAAAUGGACAGGGCAGCACGAACUGGAUUAAAUGGUCGGACUCGGGAGUGAAGGAGACGCCGCGAACAAAGCCGAGCUCCAGUGUUAUGCCCGUUGACCCGCGUGCUCUUCACUCGGCUGGAAAUGGGCGCUUUAACGAGCAGACAGAACAUAGGCGUGGAAGAAGUGGACAUCCCGUCCAACUCGGUGUACCGUUAUCCACCGAAAUCUGGGAGUUACUUCGCCAGCCAUUUCAUCAUGGGGGGAGAGAAGUUUGACUCAACCCAUCCGGAGGGUUACCUGUUCGGGGAAAACACGGACCUUAACUUCCUGGGGACCAGACCUGUGGCGUUCCCGUACGCAGCCCCUCCACCUCAGGAACCAGUCAAGACGUUACGAAGCCUUAUAAACAUCCGCAAGGACACGCUGCGGCUCGUACGGUGCAGCGAGGACCUGAAGCUGCCAGGUGACGAGGCGGCGGUGAAGAACAGGGCCUGCUACAACAUAGAGUUCACCUUCGACGCUGACACGCAGGUGGCCAUAACCAUCUACUACCAGGCCAUAGAGGAGUUUCACAAUGGAGUGCCAGUUUACCUUCCCCAGGACAGCUCUCUGCAGUCCGAGACGGUGCACUUCAAGAGGGGAGUGUGCCAGCAGUUCUGUCUGCCCUCGCACACCGUCAACCUCAGCGAGUGGGCUGAUGAGGAGCUGCUGUUUGACAUGGACAAAGAGAUUUUCCCCAUGGUGGUGCAGGCCGUCGUCGACGAGGGGGAAGAACAUUUGGGCCAUUCUCACAUUCUGCUGGCGACAUUUGAAAAGCACAUGGACGGGAGCUACUGUGUGAAGCCUCUGAAGCAGAAACAAGUGGUGGAUGGAGUGAGUUAUCUGCUGCAGGAGAUCUAUGGGAUUGAGAACAAAUACAACAGCCAAGAAUCAAAGGUUGCAGACGAUGAGAUCAGCGACAACAGCGCUGAGUGUGUGGUGUGUUUGUCGGAUGUGCGGGACACACUCAUCCUACCGUGCAGACACCUGUGUCUCUGCAACGCCUGCGCAGACACUCUGCGCUACCAGGCCAACUGCUGCCCCAUCUGCAGACUGCCGUUCAGGGCUCUGCUGCAGAUCCGAGCCAUGAGGAAGAAACUCAGUCCUCUCUCACCCACCAGCUUUAACCCCGUCAUCACUUCACAGACGUCUGACUCAGAGGAACACUCGGCGUCUGAGCACAUCCCUCCAGGCUACGAGGCCGUGUCUCUCCUGGAGGCGUUGAACGGCCCCCUCAACACCUCCUCCCUGGCCCCUCCUCCUCUGCACUCCGGUCCAAGCCACGUCACGGGAGCACUGCCGCCGUACAGCAGCGAGCCGCACCCGGCGCCAGCCCGCUCCCUCUCCCCUCUGGACCACUCCAACUCCAGUCAGGGACUCAAGCUCAAGAAGAGUGGUUCAAAGUCACUUUCCCAGAAUUCCUCUGUGCUUCCCGAGGAGGAGGAUGAGAAGUCUUGCAGUGAAUCGGAGGCCUGUCGCCACAAACUCGCAGUGGACCAGCAGGAGAACGGAGUGACUCCAGACAGCGAGAAUCUGACUCUCUCCUCUUCUGGAGCCAUCGACCACUCAUCCUGCACCGGGACCCCGCUCUCCUCCACCAUCACCUCGCCUGAAGACCCAGUGAGCAGCAGCCUGGUCCAGUCAGUGAUGUCCAUGGCCUCGUCCCACUCGCAGCACUCCCACAUCAGCACUGACACCAUGUCCUCCAUGUCAGGGUCCUACCUGGCCGGGGCUGAAGGCGAGCCCGGGGGCGACGACGGUGGAGACGUGGAGGGCGAGGAGAACCAGGACGCCCCCAUGGAGAGCCGAGGACCGUCGCAGCAAGAUGGGGAGCUUUCCCAGGAGCCAAAGGAACAAAACUACUCAGUGGCUGUAGAGGAGCAGGACUCAGAGGGUAAUGAUGUCACUGAAGAGGACUGCUCCUCCCCAUCUAAUGGGAAAGGUGGGCGGAGCAGGUGUCCAGAGUUGGCCAAUAACAAUCAGGGCGUCGCCCUCUGUGACACGCCCUCUUUGGGGUUGGAUAAUGAGCAGGCUCCCGACAGCCGAUUCGCCGGUAUGAUGUACCUUGGGGGCUACAGGCCUGUUUUGGAGCCCCUCCCCCACCACACCUCCACCAGCAAUAUCAACCUGGAGGAGCAAGGGGCUGAGAACAGGGACGGCCAGAGUCCUAAACAUCCUCGCUGCGGACCACUCAUUGUGUAACACACUCAAGCAAACACACACAACAAAGAAAAAACAACACAGACUUCUCCGUCCAGAGUCAGCUCUUCUUACCCUGCCAUAGUGCUGCAUCGCUGGAUACUGUCCUCACUGAACAGGGAAACCCUCCUCGUCGUCCUCCUCAUCCUCCUCUUCCUCCCCCUUCAUCUUCCUCCCCCUUCAUCUGUCUGGAUUGCCUUUGCUGGCGCUGAAACUCCUCUGGAGCGGAAAGAGGAAGGAAGAGGAACAGAAUCACCUGUCUGUUUGUCAUCUGUGCACUUUUUAUCUCACAGCAGUUUCUUUGUUUUUUUUGUCUGUGACCUAUAACUUGUUGUGGGAAUGAUCCGCCGACUGCUACAUUAUUAUUUAUUACCUGUAGGUCUAACCAACGAGAGCUGUAUAUUGUGACACUAUCUUUAGAAAAAAGAAAAAAAAAUUACAUGCUGCUCCUCUCCUUUCCUCUCCUCUAUUACCAGCCAAACAGUCAGGGGCUACUGUGAUCGGCAAUCGGAUUUAUUACUAAUUAUUCUUCUCUGUUGUAAACUGUAUGUUGAACGAGAGGUCGGACACUCUUUCAAAGUCAAGCCUAGCGACAAGCUACCGAGCUAAAACGUGCCGACUCCUCUCCUCGGAUCAGGGAGCUCCCGUCUUCGCAUGCAGCUUUCGACUUCCGCUAAUGUCUCCUCCUGUCAUUCCCGCCCAUGAUUUAUCAAACACCUCUGCUGAAUGUGAACACAGAAGAAGUGGUCGGACUCAUAAGGUGGCGGACGAGCCAAGAAAUGGCGGCCAAAAUGAACAGAAAUGGACUGAAAAUGUAAAAAAAAAAAAAAAAAAAAAGACACUACUCGCAGAAUGUAGGACGACGAUCUCUUUAGAAGGGGAAUGUAAGUGACAUUUGAAUUGUCACCGAAACUGGAAAUAAACUGGUUCUUCAAUAACACACACACACACUCACAUGCUCACCACGCCACCCUCUCCUUCUGCAGCUCCAUCUCAGCAUGUCAGUAUUAUCAACUGGAAAUCAACACCGAGCAAUAAAGACGCCGAAGCUGCAUCUCCUCCUGAGGAUGCUCAUUCUCAGUUCAAGCAAAAACUGCGUUUGCACUGGCUUGUUACAUCCAGAUCCAGACAUCUCGAUGUGUUUAAAUGUUAUUUUUAAUUUUUAAUUUUGCCAUUGUAAAGGGAUUUAUUGUGAGAAAAAUAUACAGUGAAUUUGAGCUUUAGGCCACGUUGUGGUUAGCUGGCAUUUUUUUCACCAUCAUAUUUCCUGUUAAUAGACCUUAUUUCAAACGGUGACCAUUUUCCUCCAACAUUGCUCUCAGGGUGGAAAGCUUGAAGGCUGCUGUAUUGUAAUUUUACAGAUCAGCGACUGAAAAGAUAAUGGAUAGUGAAAAUCUGGAGGCACAUUUUGGCCUUAACUUAAGGUAAAACAAUUUAUUUGAUGACCCAUCAGCUGAAGUUGGCAUUAAAACACUUCUUAGCUAACAAUAGCGUUUGAUUACAUCCUGUGUGUUUUACUUUCAGUUUUAGACAAACAUCACCAAGAUGCAUGUUGGUAUUUCAGAUUUUUUUUUUUACACCAUUUGUAUUGUAUUGUGUCUAACAGUACUGUUAGCUAGAAUGUGGUUGAAUGCUAACAUUAGCUGUCGUCUAACGGAAACUAAUCAGUUAUUAAAUGUGUUGUUUUACCUUUAAAUAUGAUCAGUAGAAUGAUAUCAAUUGUUCAGAUUGCUUACAUUUAUACGACUCAGAACGCAGCAGCACGACUUUUGAGCACCAUGUCAGAGGAAAAUGGCGGCAGUGUGAAUACACGGCCUAUUAUCACCCCGAUGGGCCCCUUUUUCUCCUCAUUUGUGAAGCUUUUAGUUGUUUCGGUUUCGUAUAACUCCAGUGUAUAGCUCACCUCGUUGUUGAUGUUCUCCGUUUCUGUGUUUUAAUUUGUUGCAAAACACUGUGUCGUUUAAUAGAAUGUGGAUGAAAAAUAUGUGAAAAAUUUGUAAAGGUUUACACAUGCGCUCACGUUAAAAAAAAAAAAA